AUGUAUUUUCGUGCCAGUUUGCUGGCAGUGCUUUGCCUCACCCUCACUGAAUUCGUUUCUCAAGCAUGGGUAAUGUGUUUCAUAUUUUAUAUAUUUGUUUCCCGAUCGCUGACCGUCUCGCUGAACAUGUCCAUGACCCGUACCCUGGUUCCAGAUCCGCCAAAUGGCACGGAAACCAAGCUCAGCCAGGAGAUGCUGAGGGCUUGUAUGCGCAGGACCGAGAUCUCAAUGUCGCAGCUGAAACUCUUUCACAUGAGCCUCAUGAACAGUGACUACAACAAUGACAACGAUGUAGCCCCCACGCCAGUGCAAUCCAUCGGCGAUGUGAAUAACCUCGGUGAUAUCGACAUCAAUGGCAACUCGCAAAUGCCAUAUCUCGAUCUGAAGCACAAUGAGCCGCUGCAGUGCUUUGUGAGCUGCCUGUAUGAGAGCCUCGAUCUGGAUAGGUACAAUGUCCUGCUGGAGGAGGCCUUCAAGAAUCAGGUGCAAACGAUCAUACAGCACGAGAAGGCCGAGAUCAAGGAGUGCAGCGAUCUGCAGGGCAAAACACGUUGCGAGGCGGCCUACAAGCUGCAUCUGUGCUACAAUCACCUCAAAACUCUGGAGGCCGAGCAGCGCAUCCGUGAGAUACUCGAACGCACCGAGGCGGAGAACGAGGGAUUCGGUCCGGAGGGCAGCGACUUCAUCGACGGCAUCCAGCAUUCCGGAGAAGCAAUGACCACCACCAAGUCGGAGUGA